UUCAUUGUUCAUGUGUUGCUGCAACUCUUCGUCCGUAUUUUGUUCAACUCAACGUCCAACAAACACGAUACUCCAGGAUUGCCAUCUGUCAUACGGUGUCGCAAGAAAAUUGGAAAAUAUAUGACAAAGAAUCUAACAUUUAUUUCAAUGGAUGGUACAUUUCUGUUGGUUUGGUUACCUGAAUCAAUUGGGAAAGUACGGUAGUGUUCAUUCAAUCGCAUUUCACACCCACUGCAAAGAACUCUUUGAGUAGCCCCUUUCCCCUUCGGAAAUUUACCUCUUUUAGACGCCCCUACCCCUUCAGAAUUUCCAUGACCCUCUGUGGGUGGGUAUGAAUAUUUUCUGGAACCACACAUUUAUUUAUUUAUUUUUUUUAUCUUUCAGACCAAAAACUCCAUCUUCAGUAACUCAACAUGAGGUCUUUUUCACUCAAGAAAACUAUAAGAAACAUUCAUGUCAGCCAUCCUAUGUGGAGUUCCUAGAAAAACAUCUUAGCCCCGACAAAGAUGAAGAAAAUAGCUUGCCACAACAUGACAUAACCAUGGGGUCUCCAGAAGCUGCUGAGUACAAGAUGAACAAAGGAGCUAAGAGAACUGGUGCUGAGAAAAGUAGAUCAAACAGUGCCCCAGCUUGCCUUGGUCCAGCCAUGGAGUUCCCUUUCAUUUCAAAAAUAAGCAUUGAAAGUCAGAAAAUGUUUUUCAAGGUAUUUGAGACAUUGAGAUCUGGGCAGCUAGCUAACAUGGAUUUGCAGGAAAUGAAAGCUGUUCAGGAUAUAAAGAAUGCAGUGUUGAUGGAACAAGAAGAAUACCAACAGUUUGUACAUACUCAUGCAAAGACCAAUCAUCAUCUGUAUAACUUCAUUCACCCUGACAUUUGGAAUUAUUUCAAGAUGGAAGUUGAAGGCAAAUUUAAUGACAGCAUCAACAAAUACCCUCAGUUCUACUCACUGCAGGAGACAAUCGGAUUAGCUGCUGGUGCUGUCUUCAAAUCAGAUGCAGUGUUAACUUUUGAGCGCACAUUACUGCAAGUGGUAAGUCAGUUAAAAACUUGGAGGGAUUUUCUGUUUUGACAUGAAACAACAGACAGAAAUUCAUCUGCUUUCCCAGUUAAAUUCUUAACUGGCAAUCCCAAUUUGUAUCACACACACUAAAAGCCUAAUGGCUUGGAGUAAUUUGAGUUUUUUACUGUGAAUGCACAGUUGGUCAUUGUAAUCUAUUCCUACUAAUAUUGGUAGUUGUAUCAAUGCAAGUACAAUUAAGGGUUUACACUAUGAGUGAUAUUUAUUUUCUCUCAAAAUUGAAAGAAUUUUCAACUAUCGUGAGUAUUGAAAAUCUUUAAUUGCUUGAGCUUUCGUAUACACCCU